GUAUAUUACAGGUACAAGUGAUCCGAGUUUUGCCGAGUUGAAGUCGACGGUGUAUGGUGGCGCUUUUGUCCGGCUGUCGCAUAAUAAUUGAUAGGAGUCCGCCGCUGCGUCUGUCUUCUGCACUGUAAUUUCGGAUCAAACUCAAUAAAUUUUCAGAGGAAGGACAUUUUAGUUUCCUCUACUUAUCCUUUUCCACGGUUCAGACGAUUACUACAAUCGAAGAAUGGGUGGCGGCAACGGUCAAAAGUCCAAGAUGGCUCGCGAGAAGAACUUGGAAAAAAUGAAAGGCCCCAAAGGAAGUCAGCUGGAAACCAACAAAAAAGCGAUGAAUAUCCAGUGCAAGGUGUGUAUGCAAACUUUCAUGUGUACCACAUCGGAGGUGAAGUGUCGGGAGCAUGCGGAAGCCAAGCACCCAAAAGCUGAUGUUUAUGCUUGCUUUCCACAUCUCAAAAAAUGAAGUAGUGUCUGGUUCAAAUUCUUUCGUUGAGGAAAAGGAUAUAGGCUGUUGCCUGCAACUUUAAACUGCCUUCAACAUCUAUAGUUUAUAUGUAAAAGUGUGUAAUGCUUCAUCUUUUGUAUGAUUGAUUGUAAGACCUCAUAUAACCUGAUUGGAUGGUUAUGGGCUGUUUUACAUAAA